GCGAUAGCGCUGUAAAUUUCUGUUUUGAGGAGCUCGGUUCGAUUGUAGUUUUCGUCAGUCACUCCGGGCAAAAGCCGAAUAGUAACUUAAUUAACCCACGACGACUACCUUCCGUAUCUUCCAUAUUACUCGCAAUUCACGAAUCAUCUGACGCUGUAUAAUAUCGGAGACAAUGAACAUUUCAGCUGUUAAUAUUGUGAAGCUUCUGUAGCCAGCAUGCCAACACUAGAAGUUAAUUUUUGAGACAAUCCAUUAUUUUCCAACAUUAUUAUAAUGAGUCCUGUGCCAGCUUGUACUAUUGGGACUCAGUUUGGAGGGCUGACAUUUUUUGCUCGGAGUCAUCCGGGUGAACUCUGUGGUAGUAAUGGUUUGCCUUUGACACCCAACUCCAUCACCAUAUAUGGUAGGGCACAAAUUCUGAAGGCCAUCAGUCAUCCAUAUUUGUGCUCUUACUUGGACAUUAUUAGAGGAAAACAUGAGCGUACUGUGGUAGUGUCUGAAUAUCAUCCCCGGUCACUGAACUCAGAACAGUUAUCUUUAGAUGAAACAAUCAAGGUAGCAUACCAGACACUGCAAGCAUUAAGCUACCUCAAUGACCAUGGAAUUGUUCAUCGCAGUCUGUGUCCAGAGAACAUGCUACUCACAGGUAGUGGAGACAUCCAGCUCUUCAACUAUGGUUUAUAUUAUAUGACUGGUGGAGGAACAGAUGUGUCAUUUCCUAUUGGGCAUCCAAAGUAUGUUGCUCCAGAGGUGUAUCUGAGUGGCCGUUGUACCAAGUCAGGUCCCAAGGUUGAUGUUUGGUCCUUAGGCAUUAUUAUACUGGAACUGGCCCUUGGAAGACAGCUGUGGAAUGACCUAAAGUUAGCACAGUGUAUGCGUAAGGUGCUGAGCCUGUUACACGUUCAGGUGUCAGUGCUGGAGCGCCUGGCUAGAGAACUUGGCUGUUGGGACCAGUGUCAGGAGCUGCCACCUGAACUCCAUGAUUUCAUCAGCAAGUGUCUGAGUAUUUCUCCUUGUGAACGUCCCACACCACACCAGUUACUUCAGCAUACCCUCUUUCAAGAUUUGUGUGAAGCCGAUACAAUCACACAUACCUCAGAGGAGAUGAAGUACCAAGUGUUCCCAGGAUUCCAGUCCCGCCGUAUCCCAGUCACUAAAAAUACAAAGCAUCCACUUUUUGAACGAAGCUUACAAGAACUUUAUUACCUCUGGCAUCUUGCUGGCGGAGACGUGCAGGCAGAACUUAGAAAGCAAGGGCUCAUCCGUACAAAAGCGCCCAUACUGUCCAUCCCAAAGCUGGUUUUGUUGGAAGGAACAGUGUUUGGGCAAGUGAGAGAUCAAACUUCAAUGCUGGAUUUACGAGUCGUGCCUAUUCCACUAGAUACACUGUAUCAGAGAUUAGCACAUAUACCACUCACAAGUUACUACCCACUUGUGGAGACAAAAUCAGAAAUAAUUGCAAAAGGGGAUGGAGAGCAAUUGGAAGCUGCAUCUCUUCCAUUAGUCAUCCGAGAGCGUGACACAGGGUAUCAGUUCCAUAGAGUUGUUCUCUAUGAUAGACUUAUCAAGGGAUAUCCUUAUAAGAAAGCAGCAAUCCUUAAAGAAGCUCACAAAGACAUUCCACCUUUGUACCGUGGAAACAUCUGGGCAGCUCUGCUGGAAGUUGAUGGUGACAUUGAUGGGAACUAUGUGGCAGUUGAUAAGGAGACGCCCACUCAUACCGACAGACAGAUUGAGGUGGACAUUCCACGCUGUCACCAAUAUGAUGAACUGCUUUCUUCUUAUGAGGGACACCGCAAAUUUAAGCGUGUACUCAAAGCCUGGGUGGUGAGUCACCCCCAGUAUGUGUACUGGCAAGGACUUGACUCCCUCUGUGCACCCUUCUUGUACCUAAAUUUUAACAGUGAAGCUCAAGCAUUUGCAUGUCUGUCAGCCUUCAUUCCAAAGUACCUGCAUAACUUCUUCUUGAAGGACAAUACUGCAGUGAUUCAGGAGUAUCUGGCCAAGUUCUCUCAUCUGAUAGCAUUCCAUGAUCCAGCCCUAGCAAAUCAUUUAGCUGGGAUUAGCUUUAUUCCAGAAUUGUUUGCCAUUCCCUGGUUUCUCACAAUGUUCUCACAUGUAUUCCCAUUACAUAAAAUUCUUCAUCUUUGGGACAAACUUCUUCUUGGUGAUGCAUCAUUCCCACUUUAUGUUGGGUUGGCAGUCUUGCAGCAGCUGAGGGACACAUUGCUGGCAUCUGGAUUUAAUGAAUGUAUCCUUCUCUUUUCUGACUUGCCAGGUAGUUGCUUACAAGAGAUUGACAUGGAACGCUGCGUAACCGACUCAAUUGAACUGUAUUGCAGCACCCCUCGCAGUGUAACAUACCGGCAACAUGAACUGCAGCCCGAGAGACUGCCUGAUAACGAGACAAACACAGAAUUGGAAAUGAGUGCUGUACCAGUAGCUGAACUCCAAUCAGAACUGUGUCCUCGCAUUAGUGCCGCUGACCUCCUAGAGCUCCACUACAAGAGGAAAUCCAAGUUAGCUACUGUGGACAUACGUACAGUGGAAGAGUACAACCGUGGCACUGUGCCAGGAAGCAUCCAUAUUCCAUGGUCCCCUGCUUCAGUCCCUGAUCUCAGUGCACUUCAGGCCAACAAAGGUCGCAUCAUUGUCGUAAUAGGUUCUCAUGCAUUGCCCUCCGCUCAGUUUGGCAGACAUUUGGUCCAGAAUGGUUUGCCACGUGUUUGUUGCCUUCAUCGGGGUAUUCAGGUCUUGCGCUCAACUGACAUCCUCGUAGUACCAGGAGCUAUGUGACGUCAUAGGGGUGGUACUGCAGAAGCCUGCAGUGCAAGUGAUCUUACUGUCACCCCACCUUCCAGUCCAGUAUGCAGGAGACCAUUCUAACCAGUUGGUGAGAACUGUCAUAGUUACAGUCUGGAAACUGAAGCACUGCAAUAUGAUGAAUGAAGGCAACAGGAGCUAUCCUGUACUCUUCGCGUUUUAAGCUGUUGUUUAUCAGUGACACCCUAAUCAUGGUGCUAUUAUUCUGAGAGUCAUAAUUGUUGUUUAAAAAAAAAAAAACUCCAUGGCCUGUAGUCCGUGAGCGAAGUAUACCGACCCAGGGACCAGCAAAG